UGGCCCUGGCCACAUCCCUGUUGCGGGUCGGAGAGCGCGGGCGGCCGAGCGCAGCCGGUGCUGGGCUGUCAUGGCGUGGCAGAGGCCGCCGCGGAGGGGCUGCGGCUCCCUGCAGCGGUGUCUGCUCGGCGCCGCGCUGCUGCUCGGCCUGCGGCUCUGCGCGGAGCUGCGGCGUGCAAGUCUCAGGCCCCCGGCCAGCAGUGCUCCGCCAGGCCGGGCCCCACGGCCCCCCCGGCCGCACCUGCCGCCGGCGCCCGGGCUGCAGCGUGGCGCCAGCUGGAGGCAGGUGACCUACGUGCGCAGCGGGCGCCGAGCGCCGCCGGGGGGCGGUGGGAGCGGGACACCGAAGCCCUGCUGUGCCCCACACGGGAGUCCCCGCCGCAAGGGUCCCCGGUGGCAUAUAGAUCUCCAGCCUUGGGCAGGCCCUGCUCGGUCCCUGGAUGAAGAAGCCUUGAGGUUCCUGAGAUACAUCAGCACCAUUCAGAUUGCAUGUGAUCACAUGAGCACAGACAGCCUGGCUACUGACUCCAGCCCUACAAAAAAGCCCUGGUCAGUCUGUCUUGAUGACAGGUUUGGCUUAGCUCAUCAAAUCCAUAGCAAGCAGUGCCGCCUCUAUUCUUUAGGGCUGGGAAGUGAUGAUACCCGUUUUGAGGUUGGCAUGGCCAAUGAUGGAUGUGAAGUGCAUCGUUUUGAUCCUAGUGUUAAAUCAGCUCACGUUCUGGAAAACGAGCGUCUUUGGUAUCACCGCUUGUCCAUCAACUGGCGGGACCCCCACCCAGCUGUUGCUGCCCAAAAACCGUACAGCAGCACCAGAAAACUGAGGACCAUUUUGAAUGAAUUUGGACAUCACAAGAUUGACAUUCUCAAAGCAGAUCUGGAAAGCGCAGAAUGGAAAGUUUUGGAAAAUCUUAUUCUGGAAGAUGUCCUCGAACAAAUUGGACAGCUCAUCUUCGAGAUCCAUCUCCACUGGCCCGGGUUUGAGGUCAGUGGCAGCGACAGCAGUGUUGUGCGGUUCUGGUACAGCCUCCUCAAAGAGUUAGAACUACAGGAUUUCAGGCUUUUUCACAGUUACAAAGAUUUAUCUAAACCUCAGAUAUUCCUGAGGAAAAAUAUUUUCAAUGCUAGUAGCUGUUAUACUCUGAGUUGGGUGAAUACAAGAUGGAAAUAGGUUACAGAAUCUCACCAAGAAUUCAAGGAAAUGUUUGCAGCAUGGAACAUGUCCAUGAUUCUAGUUAUUAGUUUACUUGUCCAGUCUCCCAUUAGUUUGAGCCCUGCUGGAGGCAGGGAUUGUGUUAUUGGCAUUGUAGUAGGUAUAGCCUGGUGCCCAACACAUGCUAGGGGCAUAGUUAAAACUUAUUGAGGGGUCGGACAAAGGAGCACCAUCGAAGUUAGCAUCCAUGGAAUUCCCAUCAUGGAGCAAAGGUAAUGAACCCACCUAGGAUCCAUGAGAUGUGGGUUUGAUCCCGGGUCUCAAUCAUUGGGUUAAGGAUCCAGUGUUGCUCUGAGCUUUGGUGUAGGUUGCAGACGUGCUCAGAUUCCAUGUUGCUGUGGCUGUGGUGUUGGCCAGCAGCUGCAGCUCCGAUUUGACCCCUAGCCUGGGAACUUCCAUAUGCUGCAGGUGAGGCCCUAAAAGUCAACCUCCAUCUGCCCAAACCCAGGCUCUAUGCCUGUUUGCCUCUGAUGACUGAAGAUGCUUGUCCUCCUUCAUUUCAACUUGGAAGAUAAUCCCCCACUUAUCUCAGCUUUUCCUUAAAAUUCAUUAUAUAUUUAUAAUCCUUGAAUUCAUCACCAUGAAAGCAAAAUUAUAUAACAUUUCCAUUUUUACUGAGUUGAUGAGAUCCUUAAGUCUGUACCCUACACUUUAAAAUAGGGCCUUUCAGAGUUCCCGUCGUGGCUCAGUGGUUAACGAAUCCGACUAAGAACCAUGAGGUUGCAGGUUCGAUCCCUGGCCUUGCUCAGUGGGUCAAGGAUUCGGCAUUGCCAUGAGCUGUGGUGUAGGUUGCAGACGUGGCUCAGAUCCCAUGUUGCUGUGGCUCUGGCGUAGGCCGGAGGCUACAGCUCCGGUUAGACCUCUAGCCUGGGAACCUCCAUAUGCCACGGGAAGUGGUCCUAGAAAAGGCAAAAAGGAAAAAUAAUAAUAAUAAAAUAGGGCCUUUCACUUGUUGUUAACUCACCUCUUUCAAGAUUUUUCUUAUUAACCAUGGUAAUGAUGCUUUUUACAACCUUGUAGAUUUCAGUUCCCCCUCAGCCUCUGGUGAGGCCAUGCUGUUGCUUUAUAAGAACCACCUGGUUUCUGGAAACUCAGACACACCAAAUUCUGUCACAGAGUUUAAAGACUAGACUAUCAAAAUCUUCAACUCAGGAUUCUUUUCGUACUCAGCCUUAAAUCCCUUUGUUCCUGUGAAACCAAGCACAAAGCAGAAUUGGGAUGUCUUCAAACCUGAUUUCUCUGUCACAGACUUGCCUAUGCUGCCAUGCUGUCAGAUCUUUUUUUUUUUUUUUUAAAUACAUUAUCUCCAAUAUUGAUUUUUUUUCUUCUCUGCCAGUCGGCAUUCAUUGUAAGCCUGAGGCCUGAGGGCUGGAGUCUCUCUUUCCGGGAUGGUUACAGUGUAUUUCAAUAGUACCAAUCAUUUUGCAUUUUUUUGGACAAUUAAACAGAGAAUGCAUAUUCUCAAUAGUUCAAAUGAUCUCUAUCGUUUCUGUUUACAGGUUUAGACAUUGUUCCAGACAAAUGAUUUUCAAAAAUCCUAUUUCAAAUAAUUUAAUUAAGCAGUAGCAAAAUGAACCAAAUUAUUACCUUAUUACAUGUUAAGUGUAUCUUCUGGCAUUUUUUUUUAACAUCCUGAGAGAGUGGAAAAAAAUACAUACACACUGUUCAUUUAAGAAAUUUGGGGAGAGCGUAGAGUACUGAUUACUACUAGCCUUGAUUCCUUAUCCCCAUGUUUUGCCUCCUUUACCCCAGACAUUCUCUGGGUUGGCUUUUUGUUUCUUACAUUGGUUUGAAAAUACCAUUCCUCAGAUGAGAAACCAAAAUAUAGUUGAAUUAGAUGAUCUCACUAACUUGGGUUAAAAGGAAGUAAGACUUUGUGAAUCAGAAGUGAUUUUUUUAAAAAAAUAUUAAUGAGGUUUUUAUAUUAAAACUUAUGGGGAGUUCUCAUUAUGGUUCAGUAGUAGUGAACCCAGAUAGUAUCCAUGAGGAUGUGGGUUCAAUCACUGGCCUUGCUCAGUGGGUUAAGGAUCCAGCAUUGCCAUGAGCUUUGCUGUAGGUCACAGAUACAUCUCAGUUUUGGCAUUGCUGUGGCUGUGGUGUAGGCCAGCAGCUGCAGCUCAGGUUGGACCCCUAGCCUGGGAACUUCCAUGUGCCCAGGUGCAACCCUAGAAAAGGAAAAAACAAAAGCAAAAAUUUAUGGUACACUAAUAAAAGUCAUUGAGGUGAGAGGACCAGCUUGAAUAAGUUUGAUUUGAAAUGGCAGUUUAGUUGUUUUCAGUGUUCUUAUGGACAAAAAGUCCAUAAAGCUCUAAAGUGGUUUGUACUGUUGGUUUGCAUGUUAUAGCCUCCAAAACAAAGUUAACUUUAGUCCUGUUCCUGUUUGCCUUAUAUCAUAAAUUAUUUUUCAUUUUUAAUAAAAAUUUUAUACACUAAAGGAUAUACAGUAGUAUACAAUAUCCUUUUAGUACAUUAAGCCUUUUCAUCCUCCUCAUAGGCCAAAUUAUGAAGUACACUAAUCCCAAGUGUCUAGUAUGAUCAGGUUUUAGGUAUGUUUACACUCAUACCAAGAUUUUUAACUCAUGGGAUUGAAGAUUAAUGGAAUUACUGCAAAGCCCGUUUGUACAGGGCAAGUUACCAUUUAUUUCAGAUUGGUAAGGCAAAACAUCAACUUCAUUACACUACACACACACACACACACACACACACACACACACACACACAUGUACAUACAUAUAUAUCUGAAGGAAGAGGAUGUACUGUUAGGAAAAAAAUAAAGACAAACUCAAAAUAAAUCACAAACACACCCACCCACACCCACCUACUAAGCAGCCUGUUCAAUAGUUAUUUGUACUCAUUUUAUGCUUUUUUAUAAGACUGUCCUUCAUUCCCUUCAUGGAUAGUUUGAAAUUUGUGGUGAAUAUUCUGACUGUUGCUAUGGUUUCCCUGCCUCUAGAAUUAUUAUGCUUAUUGUGUGGGCCAGGGUUUCUUAACCUCAACACUAUUUUCAUCUGGGGCUGGAUAACUCUUUGUUGGGGGAGGGAGGGCCAGUCUGUGCAUUUUAGGAUAUUUAGCAGCAUGCCUGGCCCUCCCCACUAGAUGCCAGGAGCACCUUCCCUUCUCCCCCUUAGUUAUAACAACCAGCUAUGUCUCUAAACAGUGCCACAUAUCCCCUAAGGGGCAAAAAUCACUGUGGAGAACUACUGGUGGAGGCCGUGCAGAAGGAUCUAGACUAUCACAGCACUAUUGUUUGGGGGGAUCCUGCUUGUGCUGAGCAGGCAAGACAACAACCAUCACCACAAUAACCACCACAAAAGCAAUACAAACAACAAAAUGAAAACAAACAAAAUGGGGAGCUGCUAUUUAUUGAGAGCUUACUAUGUGCCCAAUACUGUGCACAGACUAUUCCUAAUUCUCCAAACAAUCCUAUAAGGAAGUGUAAUUUUUCCCAAUUAUAGGUAAAGAAACUCUGAGAGGUUAUAUAGCUUAUUCAGUUUAUUCCAGUGGUGGAGCAGGAAUCCACAUCUCAGCCUGUCAGAUCCCAAAGCUCAUGUGGUUUUCUUCUACAGUGCUGUUUCAAUAGCCUUUGACAAAUAUAAAGACGUAUUUUUGCUUCCCUAUUAGUGAAUGGUAAGAAAAGCCUACAAAUAUACUAAGACCAGACCUGCAAAUCUCUUAAGAGUUGGGAUCAUUUUUGUAGUAUGCAGGUUUAAUUUAAACAAUCUACUUAAUUAAAAUCUACUUAAUUAAAGUAUCUGGAAGUGACUCUUGGCCCUGGCUGGUCCUAAUAAGUUGCACUUUUUCCUGGAUUUUAGAAAGGGCCCAGUCACUUGGAAGUGUACUGUGAAUUUCCUUUGUUUCAAACUCACCUUUGACCUGCAGAUAUAUGAACUCAGAUGUGAAUAUCUGUGACAUACGUUUCUUAAUUAACUCCUACCAGAGCAAUGCUCAUAAAUGAAUCUGAAAACACAAAUUUAAUGAUGUUCUUAUCAGGUGAUUAAAAAAAGUGUUCUUUUCUUAUCUGAAAGACACAUGAGGAUAUAAGAGAUUCAGAGGUCAACCUUUUAGCACAAAGUCUGUGUCACAAUUUGAGAUUACAGUCAAAGAAGAACAAUUUUCCCUUUCAGCCUUUUCUUAGAGUAUUGUAUUUGAUGCAGUUAUAAUAGGUUAUCAUAUAAAUAUUUGUAACUAUUUGAUACAUUCAAAUGAAGUGAGCCAGGAAGAAGGUAAGCUGACUUCUGUUAGAAUGGACUGAAGGCCCACUGGUAUUUUACAUCAUGGUAGAGAACAAAAGUAAAUUCAUGAAUUUACAGUGCUGAGUCCAAAUCAGUGACUCAUGAAAGCAGUUCUGCUUUGGCUGUAAGAUUUUAGUAUAUAGCAAAUACAAGUACAAGAUUUUUGCAUUUCCUAAGUAUUACAUGUUUACAUUUUGCAAAGCUUGGAUUAAUACCAGGGAGCCAGCCUCAUCAUCAUAUUUUUCCAGAUAAAAAAGGAAGGCCUCAUUUAAACAAAUUAUUCUACAAUGGUACCUACAAGCUGUAAUUAUAUAAUUCUCUUCUUUUGGAGAUAAAUUUGUUUGCCUUUCAAGCAAUAGCAUUUCUUUUUGUAUUAGCCAGUUGCUAGUUUUUUUGUGAAUUCAAUACAUUUAAUCUUAUGCUAAAAUGUCUUUUUUCUUACAUUUAAAGAGGUAGCUGAACUUUACUUAUAACAUGAAAUCAUAACCCUAAAGAUACAAUAUAUUCAUAAACUGCCUAAGUUUAUAAAUUAUUGAAAUUCUUUAAUUAUAUUUCUGUCCUUAAAAUAAAUCAAGCAGUCUUAAUGUUGUCAUAUUUUAUAUUUAUCACUAUGUGGAGAAAAGCUAGUUCUCAAUAAACAUUAAAACUAUUGCUUUGUAAAACUGGCAACUUCAUAUUCUCAUAUGAAAUAUUUUGUUUUUCUUAGUGAUUGGUUUUGUGCAAUAAGAUUGCCUGAAAUAAUAAGAGAUUUUUUCCCUCUAAAUUCGAAUUAUAAUCUAGACUUUUAAAAAACUGAUAUAUAUUUUUUUCCUUAAAAAAUUUUAUUAUAGUUGAUUUACAGUGUUCUGUCAAUGUCUGCUAUAUAGCAAAGUAACCCAAUUAUACAUACAUAUAUAUAUAUACACACACACAUACUUUUUUCACAUUAUCUUUCCUCAUGUUCCAUCACAAGUAAUCAGAUAUAGUUCCUUGGGCUAUACAGCAGAUAGACUGUUGGUAUUUUUCUACUCGUAAACCCAGCUCCUUCACUAAAUCAACUCCCUCCUCUUUUCCCCCCUCCUUCUUCAGAUUUUUUAGUAUGUUCAAUGUAUUCUUUUUUUUUUAAUCUUCUUUAUGCCUGCAGCAUAUGAAGUUCCCAGGCUAGGGUUCAAAUCAGAGCUGUAGCUGCUGGCCUACUCCACAGCCACAGCAAUGCCAGAUCCAAGCCGUGUCUAUGACCUACACCAAAGCUCAUAGCAACACCAGAUCCUUAACCCACUGAGCGAGGCCGGGGAUCAAACCAGCAUCCUCAUGGGUAUUAGUCGGGUUCGUUACCACUGAGCCAUGAUGGGAACUCCUAGAUUAUUUUAAUAGAGAAACCCAGUAUACAUAGGACAGAAAUGCAAUCAAUAUGCACCAGGGAGCUAAGCUGGUACAAGACUGUGGUCUUGAGUCCCUCAGUGGUUCUCCUCCACUGUAGCUCCUCCCACAGGACCCCUAGACUUCCCCAAGAUCAAGCAUUUAUUGCACAGCAUAAUAGGCAGCCUCUGGGACCCUGACCCUGCACUCUGGUUAGCUUCUAUUCUAACUGCUCUAUAUUGUGCAUUACCAAUCAUUGCAUUUUUGAUGUUACCCCUAGGUGGGUAUAUAUUAAAAAAUAGAAGUCCAAGUGGUUUCUAUAACCUUAAUGAGAAACCGCAGUUGUUUAUCAAUAAAAAAAUCAUGUAUCCGAGUUUCCUAGUGGCUCAGCAGAUUAAGGAUCUGGUGGUGUUACUGCUGUAGCUCAAGUUGCUGCUGUGGCACAGGUUCGAUCCUAGCUUGGGAACUUCUACAUGCCACAGGUACAGUAAAAAAAACAAAACAAAACAAAACAAAAAGCUAUCAGUUAUUUUACAAAAAAAUAUUAUUUCUCAAGGAUUGAUGUCACAACAAACAUUGUUUCCUCAGGGACCACCUUAUUGAAGGCCCCCAGCUCUGUCUCCCUACCAUGCCUUCUAUUCUCCCUAGCGUCACACUCCUUUUACUUUAAUGUAUCUUCUUGUAAGUGGCUUCCCCAGCAGACUAUAAGCUCCAUGAAGGUAAGGGCCAUAUCUGUAGCCUCAGUGCCUACCAUGGAGUCUGCUAGGUAAAAAGUGUUCUAUAAGUACUUGUGAUGUGAAUAUGAAGAAGGCUAUUUCAUGUAGGAUUUUUCAGUGAAAUUAUUUCAUCAUCAUUUGUUAUUGAAGCUUUUUCUGGCAUUAAAAGUAUCUUUGGGAUUUAGGUGGACCACUGUCUCUCAUUUUGGUUAAUUUAAUUUUAGGCACAAUCUAUCCUUUUCUUGAUAUGAUUAUUAUAAUACUUGUAAUAGUUCUUUUCCCUGAUCAAAGAAUGCUAACCUGAAGAUCUUUCUUGAACUUAGGGACUGGAGAGCUAUAUAAUAAUUGAAUUGAAUAAAUAUAAUAAUAAUUUAGGCUCAGUUAUCAUUAGAAGAUACCCUAAGGUAUUAAGCCCCAGUCUUCCUUUUCAUUCCUCAUUGUCUUUUUUUUUUUUUUUU